GCUUGUUGUAUUCUUUUGUGUGACAGUUUAGUUCUUUGAUCGUUGUUGGCUGAGUGAAACUCAUCUCUUGUGUAUGACGUGCUUUGUUGUUUGUCCUUCUUCUUCUUCAUACCGCCACAUCCAAUAUGGCGAUUGCAUCGUUCGUCUUCUUCUUUUUCUUCUUCUCCUUCUUUUCUUCUUCUUAUCAUUCUUCUUCUUCUUUUUCUUCUUCUCCUUCUUCCUCUUUUUUUUCUUCUUCUCCUUCUUCUUCUUCUUCUUCUCCUUCUUUUUCUUCUUCUCCUUCUUCGUCCUCUUCUUUUUCUUCUUCUGCUUCUUUUUCUUCUUCUCCUCUUCUUCUUCUUCUCCUCCUCCUUCUUCUUCUACUCCUUCUUCUUCCUCUUCCUUUUCUUCUUCUCCUCCUUCUUCUUCUUUUCUUCUUCUCCUUCUUCCUCUUCUUUUUCUUCUUCUCCUUCUUCUUCUUCGUCCUCUUCUUUUUCUUCUUCUCCUUCUUUUUCUUCUUCUCCUUCUUCUUUUUCUUCUUCUCCUUCUUUUUCUUCUUCUCCUUCGUCGUCCUCUUCUUCGUCCUCUUCUUUUUCUUCUUCUGCUUCUUUUUCUUCUUCUCCUUCUUCUUCUUCUCCUUCUUCUUCUUCUCCUCCUCCUUCUUCUUCUACUCCUUCUUCUUCUUCUACUCCUUCUUCUUCCUCUUCCUUUUCUUCUUCGCCUCCUUCUUCUUUUCUUCUUCUUCUUUUCUUCUUCUUCUUCUUCUCCUCCUCCUUCUUCUUCUUCAUCAUACUACAGCUUCCGAUAUGGCGAUUGCGUCGUUCGUCUUCUUCUUUUUUUUCUUCUUCUUCUCCUUCUUCUUCUUCUUCUCCUCCUUCUACUUCUUCCUCUUCUUCUUCCUCUUCCUUUUCUUCUUCUUCUUUUCUUCUUCUUCUUCUUCUUCUCCUUCUCCUCCUUCUUCUUCAUCAUACUACAGCUUCCGAUAUGGCGAUUGCGUCAACGGAACAGUCCGAGUUGAAUUCAGUAUCUAUGUAUGUCUCUGUCGAUUCCAAACAGCAGCCUAUUAGGCGCAAUCUUGUUUCUCAUUUGCGACGUAUCUUAUUCGCCCCGCCUUUGGUGCAAAGCCAAUUGGUUUGAAAAAAGUGGCCGGGUGAUGUGAUUGGCCUCAAAUCGAACAACAACUUCCGUAUCGCCAGUCUUGUUUUUGAUUGGAAUUGAUUUUAAUUUGAUGGUGUUUUUUUUUGGAGGGGAGGGGGGAGAUCUCCGCAGCCCAAAACCUACAACCUCGGAGACACUCUCUUCUAUCAACGAUAAAAUGGCUUCGGAUUCUCCUCGCAGACUGAGUCGCUGUGCUGGAGGGGCAUUAGUGCGGGCACAAGCUGCAACGGAGCAGUCUUACAUGGAAAGCGUGGUCACCUUCUUGCAAGAUGUCGUCCCUCAGGCUUACUCUGGGGGUCUGCAAACGGAUGAAAAGGAGAAAGUCAUUUGGGUUCGUUUUGAGAAGGCCAACAUCAAUGACUCUGCCCGCAACCUUGAGUUUAUGGAGAUACACAGUGGCACUACUGAUCCCCCCCUCUGUCUCAUGAUUGGUUACGCCGAUGGGAUGCAGAUCUGGAGUGUUUCGAUGGCAGGGGAGGCCCAGGAGCUGUUCUCUGUGCGUCAUGGCCCAGUGAAAACCGCUCGCAUUUUACCAGCUCCACAUAUGAGUCCUUUGAAGUUUGACGUGUUUUCCGACAAGAGACCUUUGCUCGGAGUCUGCAAAAGCACAGGGUCCUCAGGAACAAGCCCCCCUUACUGUUGUGCUGACCUGUAUUCACUCAGGACAGGGGAACUAGUUAAAUCAAUUCAGUUCAAGACCCAGAUUUAUGAUCUUCACUGUAAUGAGCAUAUUCUUGCCAUCAGCCUCCAAGAGAAGAUUGCAGCAUUUGACAGCUGCACCUUAACCAAGAAGUUUUUUGUGACAAGUUGUUAUCCCUGUCCUGGGCCAUAUCUCAAUCCAAUAGCGCUGGGAAGUCGCUGGUUAGCUUAUGCUGAAAACAAGUUAAUCAGAUGUCACCAAUCUCGAGGAGGAGCUUGUGAUGAUAAUGCACAAUCUUAUACAGCGACAGUGAUCAAUGCUGCUAAGACUCUAAAGACUGGUCUAACCAUGGUUGGAAAGGUUGUGACCCAGUUGACUGGUACCCUCCCAGCAAGUGCAUCAGACGAUGAAGGGUCCCCUCACAACAUGAGUCGUCGUAGCCAGCAUAACGCCGGUGUGGUCACAGUCAUUGACACAGAUAGUGUUGGCGAAGGACAGGUCUUGGUGAGCGAGGACUCCGAAGGCGAGGGAUUGGUGGCUCAUUUUCCAGCUCAUGAGAAACCCAUAUCCUGCAUGCAAUUCAAUCCCAACGGAAUGCUACUCGUGACUGCCGACACCCUUGGUCAUGAUUUCCACGUCUUCCAGAUCCUCACCCACCCAUGGACGUCUUCACAGAGUGCUGUCCACCAUCUGUAUACAUUACACCGUGGGGAGACUGAAGCAAAGGUCCAGGACAUGGUUUUCAGCCAGGACAGUCGUUGGGUGGCAAUCAGCACCCUUCGCGGAACUACCCAUGUAUUUCCGAUUAACCCCUACGGCGGUGCACCCUGUUGCCGCACGCAUAUGUCUCCGCGGGUUGUCAACCGGAUGUCACGCUUCCAGAAGAGUGCUGGCCUGGAGGAAAUUGAGCAGGAGCUAAACAGAGUGACUAUGUCUGGAGGUUUAGGUGGAGGGAGCAUUGGAGGAGGUGCCUCUGUCCUAAGCGGAGGAGGAGCCAUCGGGGGUCGCUGUAGCCCCAUACCUGGUCUUUCCAGUAGCCCAUUAGGGUCUCCACAUCAUGCCAAGUUAAGCAGCCAAGAAUUGUAUAACAACUUCACCAAUAACAGCAUGGCAAAUCCGUGGUUGUCUCCUCUACCCAGCCUCACUGUUGUGCUCCCUUUGGCUCAGAUCAAACAGCCUAUGACCCUUGGCACAAUCACUAAACGCACUGGCAAAAGUAAGCCACCCUCCCAGAUGUCCCCGAGCAAGUCCAGUGGAGGAGAGUUCUGUGUGGCAGCCAUCUUUGCCUCCUCCCGAUCAUGGUUCAUCACGAACCCCACCACGAAAAGAGAGAAAGAUCAGCCAAGGCAAACUGUUAUCGACUCACUGUACAUCAUAAGCUGCUACGGUAACUUGGUAGAGCAUGUUCUUGAACCUCGGCCAAUAAGCACCGCCCAAAAGAUAAGCGAAGACACCGCUUUGGAACUUUGUACCUCUCCAAGGGCAUGCUGGACUUUAGCAAGAACUCUGCAAUGGAUGGAGCUACAGCCACCCUUCAACUCCAAGCAUCCAUUAGUUUUGGCCUCCAGUAAGGUGCAGUACUGCCAGUACCUUUUGGCAGGGAUGUCUCCAGGGAGCCCGAGCCCAAGAAAACGUCACGAGUCAUCAGAUAGUCUGGCAUCUGAUCACGUUGGGCAGGACGAUGAGGAGUGGCUUUCUCAGGUGGAGAUUGUAACUCAUACAGGUCCGCAUCGUCGGCUGUGGAUGGGACCCCAAUUUCAGUUUAAGACCAUUCAUCCCUCAGGCCAGACUACAGUCAUUUCAUCUUCCUCCUCAGUGCUUCAGUCUCAGAGCCCAUCUGAUGCACAGCAGCCUCUUCUGGAUUUUGACACAGAUGACCUGGACCUACAUAGCCUGAGGAUGCAGCCCUUGCGUUCGGAUCCUGUCAGCAUGCCUGGGUCAUCACGGCUGUUAGCUGAUCGUCAAGGACAGACUAACAUCAUGGAUGCAGGUCCAGCUCUUCAAGCAUGGCCAACGGACGCCUUGUUCCACGGAGAUUAUCAUCUCGGGGGAGACGGCUACGUGCAUCCAUGAUUCAUGAUAGACUUCAGGACUUGGAAGCUACUGUACACAUAGGCGCAUACGCAGUAAAUCAAAAUGGUGACCGUAAAACAAGGGAAAUAUGGCAGGGCAGCAUCUUGUCGUGGUAUGUUAUCCUUUGAUUCGUUUUCAUUUGUAUCCAACAUUUCUGACUCUGCAUUUGUUAGUUUUUUUUGCCUGAACUUGAAUUAGCACUGGUUUGUUCUUACUCCUUGUCGAUUGUGAUACCUUAACUCCUGUCCUCUGUUGGAUAUUGCUGGGGUUUUCUUUACUGCUGCUUUUCGUUUACCCAUGACUCAGAUUCAUUUUCCAAAACCAUGAUAGAGAACACCCUCUUACAAGUGGGUAUGUGGCUGUGUCUCAUUCAAACUGUCAUGAUCGUGAUUUCAUUUAGUAUCGUGGACUCCCCGCUAUUUGCGGGGGAUAGGGACCGUGACUAGCUAAAAUCUGUGUAUCAUUGAAAAAAAGAAAAAAUAAUCUUGAAUAAGAAGAGUUAAACCACCAGUAAGUGUUUUUUGGGAGUGCCCCCCACCCCCUAAAAAAAGAAAGAAAAGGAAGAAAAUGAACAUUUUGAAAAAGAAAAUUCUGUGAAUAGGUGAAUGCACAGGUGCCAAACUGCGAGUAUGCGGGGGUCCAUUGUAUUUUGAUUUUACUGUGUAACAGAUUAUGUACUUUUGCCUUUGGCUUAUAUGGAAUUUGGUGUUCCUGUGUGCGUGUUGCGUCUUUGCUUUCCUGCGUAAAAAACAAUCAGCUCUCUCCAGCCACUUGUGUCUUGUUCAGGUGUGCCUCGUAGUCUCGUCAUUUCGUUUGUAUUUAGUUUCCUGGUUUCUUUCAGUCAAUUCAUUCCCGUAUGUCGUGUCCGUCUCACGUUAUGUCAUCUCAUGUAAUGUUGCCUGUCGUGGAGAGUUUAAAGUUUUUGCACUUUUUAAGUCGAAGCAUUAAGUCUAAAUGCUGGUGCUCAAGUACCUUUUGUUUUGACUUUUUGUUAAUAAAUACCUUCUGUCUUGCCACCUUUGCUUCCCUGCACUAACUGGUUUCUGGACUGGCAACCUCUCAAUGUUUAAUAUUUUUGGUGGGGAGUUAAAACAACGGACUUCUUUUUAAGUGGUAUUUAUUGAAGAUAACAAAUUGUGUUGCAGAUAUUAGCUCACAACAGUCAGUUCAAAUUUAAACAAUUUCCCCCAAACAAAAUUUGCCAGAUUCAAAAUUAUACAACUUUGGGGUUCUGCUUUGUUUGAAAACUACAUGCACCUGAGCUGCAAAAUUACACUUUGUCCCGCAGUUCACAUUUCACCGUAGCCUAACUUUUCACAUUUUCACCUUUAUUAGCUCCACUAAUUAUAACCUUGCAAUGUUCCUCUUUAUGGGAGCGUUGGUCGUCCUGGGAAUCCUGAAAAGCAAAAACAUAAUGAUCCCUAAAUAACUCUAUAUUACCCACAUAUACAGUAACCCUGUCUGUGUGUUUGUGUGUGGGUUGCCAAUCGUUUGAAGUGCUUAUUCUCGCAAAAUUACAGUGCUGCCAUAAUAAAGUAUUACUCUGUAAUUACAAGUCAAGUCUCAGUAAAUGUGUGUGUUUGUCUAUGCAAGACAUGUGAGGUGAAACUUUGAGAGUAUGUGCCUCGCCAAUUUCUGUGUAUUUGCUUUAGUGCAUUUUGAAGUAGAAACAUGAAAUUUGUCUUGCGUGCAGCGUGCUGAGGCGAGUGUCUGUAUGUCUAACAAUGCAUAUUGAGGCUGACUAAAAAGGAGAAAUCUG